UGUUUCGUAACAAAAUUGUCAACAAUACUCUCACCCUUUAUUACAUAAACGUAAAUAAAAAUGCCCAAAGCACCGAAAAUUCGGAUGCAUGAUGUAAAUCCUUUCCUUCAGAGGGUCCGCGAUUUUCUUCUAGGUCGAAAACAUACCUUAGCACUUAGGUUUCAAGAUACUAUAGCUACUAGAUCUCCACCCCCACCUGUACUACCAGACGGCCCCGCACAUAAAUUAGCAUCGAAUUAUUAUUAUUCGAGAGAUGCAAGACGUGAAGUAAGUCCACCAGAGGUGAUAGCACCAAAACCAAAGCAAAUUGAAGGUGGCGAAAAAUUAGAUCCUUGUAAAAGAAUUACUCCUGGAAAUGUUUAUAACUGGGAUUAGAACCACAGAAUGAUUUAUAUUUUUAGUAGAC